GGAUCGCAGGCCCAGGGGGCAGCUCCGCCACAGGAGACAAGACACGCCUCAGGCCGGGCAAAUUCCCGGCCCCCUCUGGCCCCAAGCCAGCAGCCGCCGCCCGCCGCCUCGUCUCCUCCUCCGCUGUGGCCCCGGCCGCCCCGCCGGGCCCCGAACUCGCCCGCGCCGCGGCGCUGGCCCCUCGGCCCACGGCGCUGGCGGCGCGGUUGGGACAGAACCGAUGUGGCGCAUGCGUGGUGGCGCCACCAGGCGCGGGAGCUACGGCGGCGGGGACGGCGGCGGGGACAGCCGCGGGCAGGGCCGCCCGGGCCGGGCUCCUGGGGGUGGCGGCUUCGGAGGCGGCGUGGGCUGGCGAGGCCGUGCGGGCGGCGCCCGACAGCAGCUGGAGGAGCGGUUCGCAGACCUGGCGGCGAGCCACCUGGAGGCCAUCCGCGCCCGGGACGAGCGGGACCGGCAGAACGCGCGGCUGCGGGAGGAGAACGCCCGGCUGCGGCUUGAAAACAGGAGGCUGAAGCGCGAGAACCGCAGCCUCUUCCGUCAGGCCUUGCAGCUUCCCGGCGCGGGCGGCGACGGGGCGGACGCGGAGGCGGCCGGGGCCACCUCAGGCCCAGAGAAGGCCGGCACGAACCGGAGGCCGAGAGGCGGCGGCCUCGAGGACGAGCCUGGGAGCCCCAGGGCCCUUAGAGCCCGGCUCGAGAAGCUGGAGGCCAUGUACCGCCGGGCCCUGCUGCAGCUGCACCUCGAGCAGCGGGGGCCGCGCCCGCGUGGCGACAAGGACGAGCCGCCUUUGCGCGUACCAGAGCCAGGCCUGCGAGCCCCGGACCCGGAGCCCCCAGUGUCCCCCGAGCGCCCCGAGCGCUGGCUGUAGCCGGAGGCCACGGCCGCUGAGAGGCGGGGCCUCGCGCGGCCCCUCCUCCGCCUGCGGCUCCCCAGACUAGCAACGCCCUGGGCCCCGAGCUGCGGGACUGGACAGCAGCGCCCUCCGCCUGCCGCCCGACCCUGCCCGGGGGGACUUGGCGUCCGUCCGCGGCGCCGGGGUUGAGAGGGUGCGCGGCCCCCCGAGCCACCCCAACACUGCAGAGCUUCUGCCUCUGGCUCCUGCUGGUUUCCACGGGUUGAGGCCUGGAAACGGAGGGGCGGGCUUUACAACAGCGAGAAAUGGGUGCCCGUCAACACCUCCUAAUGCUUGAACUUUUCAAGGGGUGUGAGGACCUCUUGUUUAGGGUUUUGCUUCUUUUUUUCCCCUUCCUGUUUUGGUUCUUUGAGGACUGAGUAAUGCAUUUUGAAUCGGUUGAAUUUGUUGUUCAUACUUUGGUCCCCUGAAACCUCCGCCCAUUAUGUCUUAAGUGGCCAGCAUUUGCUUUCAUAAGUCGGUAUUUCUUGGAUAGCCUAUGAAGUACCACCUUUUUAUUGAAAAGUUAAUAUUUAUAUUUAGGAACUCUAUGUCUGCCCCCGCUCUAGUCCUUAAACAUCUAAUAUAUACUGAUUUGUUUACCCCCAGGGCGGUUUUAAAGUAUCUGCCUAUAACUGAUCCUUUAAAUUGGUAAAUAAAUCUGGUGCGUUAAAGUAAUCUAGAAACAUCCCACGACUGUUAUUCGAAGUGUGUUACAUUUUUACACAUUUAAGAUAUAUACGUGACACGUAUAAAUUUUACAUGUUUUAAUAACUGACUAGUUUUUCGUUGUCAGCUAUCAUUUUUGCUUUAUGUAAAUGAUUGUUUUAAAUAAAGAUUAGAUAAUCUAAAUAUUUUUAUUACAUUUUAGGCAUUAGAACAUAGUUGGUACAUGGCGACUUUGCCUUCUGCAUUUAAUAAUUUUAAGAAGGUGUAAAUUAUUUGAAUAUCAGAAGCCCCAGAAAGUGAUUUAAGUCUCAAUUGUGGUUUCAUUGGCAAAAGAAAAAAGAAAAAAAAUUAACGAAGAAAGUUCUAAAUUCACUUUUUUGCGUUUUGCUGACUAGUGAAAAGGGUAUCAUUGUACCACAUAAAAAUCAUGGGUAUACUACAGUGUUUAAGUGAGGAAAAACAUCAGUUGAAGAAAAAAAUCAUGAGAAGUUUUUGUUAGAGCUAGAGAUUAAAUCAUAAAUUAGAGUUACUGUUUUAUUUGCGAUAUACUCCACCGGUUUCAAAUAUAUUACAUAUGUUACCAAAAAAAGUACCACCGAAAGUAUUUUUUUGAUUUUUCUCUUCCUGGGUUUUGAAGACACUGUGCAUUUUGCUUAAAGGUAGUUGAUAUUAGUUGUGAAUAUUCAAAUCUUCCCCUAGAACCGAAAAGUAUGAGAAGAAUAUUGCUGAGAAUAGGUAGGUGUAUGAAAAGUGUUUCUGCCACCCUUACUUUAUUUUCUAGUAGUGAAAGAAGUAAAAUAGUUUUGGAGGCAGUAGGUAUUGAAGAUUAGGAAAACCCCCUAUCAACUCUACUGCUACUUAACUGUAAAUUUGGGUUUAGAUUAAUCUCUCUAAACCUUAGUAUUCUCAUCAUUAAAACGAACAUAACAUCUACCUCAAAAUAUAAAUUUUAUUGAGAUGGUAUAUGUAAAAUGCUGCUACAAAAUAAGUGGUCUGUCAAUGAGAACUACAAUCUAAAAUGAGUGAAAGUCGUAAAUGGAUAUUUUAUGGACACUUUGCCUUCUGUUCUUUGCUCCCAUAUGAUUUUUUGUUAGCAAAGAAAUAUAUUCUUUCAGUGAGUUGACAGUUUUCACUCCUUGUAAGUAAAUAGGAGGAAUAAAGCACUAUAUACUAAAGGAAUAAUGCUUCAAAAUGUUCAAGAAUAUUUGCCACUUGUACCAAAUUAGGAAUAUUCAACAACCAAGAAAAUGUGUAGCUUACGUAGUUUUUAAGCACCUUUUGUCUUAAAAUAAUGUAUAAUGUAAGUGUGGUGAAAAAAAACUUGGAAAAUGAGGCACAUGUACAAAAAAAUGAGGACAACUUUCGAGCAUAAGUCCUAAAAAAAUUCUGAAACCAAAAUGCCCCGUAAGAUGGGUUAAGGCUAACAUAUAUUUCAACUUUGUUGAAUUUUUCUGCUGAUAACUAAUAAAGCAUCAUGUAACAAUAUACAAGAUGUUUUGUCAUAUCAAAAUAUGUACCUAUUUUUAAAGAAAUGGGUAAAUUUGAUUUUAGAAAAGUUUGAUCUCAGAUCUUUUUCGAUCUAAAAAUAAACUAAAACUUCAGAUUAUCAUACCUUGA